AUGGCCAUGAUGGAAUCCUUGGUGAAGCAGGACAUUGGAGCCAAGAGCAAGGAAGAGUUAACGGCGGCGAUCCAGGCGAUCAACGAGCUCGACGCGUACGAGGCCCAGGACAUGAACAUCGACGUGCACAUGAAAUUACGGCUAGCCUCAAACAUAUAUGACAACGCGCUGCUAACUGGGGAAAAGGGGAAACGGCACACCUGGCGAACGCUGAUGUCCUCCAGGCGUUCGACCAGUGCAAGGUGGCCAAUGUCAGGCGUGGGUUGGAUUAUGCCGAUGUGCUCUUGUGCCUGCAGUAUGCUCUACUCAACCCCCUGUGUGAGUGUGUCGGCACUGUCUAUUAUGAUGGGAUUGAGGUUUUGGAGGUGGAGUGGGGCAAGUGUAUUCGGACGGGGGGGCCUGAGGGCCCAGUGGCUUUCAAUCUUAUCGUCGCCGCUAUGUUGA